AUCAGAUUCAGACAUCUGUUCUGAGGCGAGAGGAGAGCGGCGGCGGUGUCUCUGCUGCUCACUGUGAGAUAACCGCAGACGAGGUGGACGAACGCCGAGCGGAAAUCAGACCAGCAGCUAUCCACGCGCGUGUUCGCCGGUUUUUUUCCUCCCCUUCUUCUCUCUCUGCGGGGUCCCGUCACGUCGCCACCAUGACAGCCGUGUCGCUGCUUUUGAUGGCCGUUUGUGCCACAUCUGCUCUCGCCGAGUCUUCUGUUUAUUUCCGAGAGCAGUUUGAGGAUGGUGAUGCCUGGAAGAGUCGCUGGAUAGAAUCCAAGCACAAGUCGGACUACGGCAAGUUCGUCCUGUCUGCGGGGAAGUUCUACGGAGACGCAGAGAAAGAUAAAGGUCUGCAGACGAGCCAAGAUGCCCACUUUUACGCUUCGUCAGCCCGUUUCGAUGACUUCAGUAACAAGGGGCAGCCGUUGGUCAUCCAGUUCACGGUGAAACACGAGCAGAGCAUCGACUGUGGAGGAGGAUACAUCAAACUUUUCCCCUCUGAGGUCAACCAGGAGGACAUGCAUGGAGACUCUGUUUACAACAUCAUGUUUGGUCCAGAUAUUUGUGGCCCGGGCACGAAGAAAGUGCACGUAAUCUUCAACUACAAAGGCAAAAACCAUCUGAUUAACAAGGACAUCAGGUGCAAGGAUGACGAGUUCACCCAUUUGUACACACUGGUCGUUAACCCCGACAACACUUACGAGGUUAAAAUCGACAACAAGAAGGUUGAGUCAGGAAACCUGGAGGACGACUGGGACUUCCUUCCACCCAAGAAGAUCAAAGACCCUGAAGCGAAGAAGCCGGAGGACUGGGACGACCGGGAGAAGAUUCCUGAUCCCGAUGAUAAGAAGCCAGAGGAUUGGGAUAAACCUGAGAACAUCCCAGAUCCUGAUGCCAAAAAGCCUGAAGACUGGGACGAUGAGAUGGACGGAGAAUGGGAACCGCCCAUGAUCGCUAACCCGGAUUAUAAGGGCGAAUGGAAAGCCAAUGAGAUCGAUAACCCCGCUUACAAGGGCAAGUGGAUCCAUCCUGAGAUCGACAACCCCGAGUACACGGCCGACCCUGAGAUCUACAAAUACGACAGCGUCGGUGUGAUCGGUCUCGACUUGUGGCAGGUGAAGUCGGGUACCAUCUUUGACAACUUCCUCAUCACCAAUGAUCCCAGCCUGGCAGAGGAAGUGGGCAAUGACACGUGGGGUAAAACUAAGGAUGCAGAGAGGAAGAUGAAGGAAGGCCAAGACGAAGAGGAGAGGAAGAAACGUGAGGAGGAGGAUAAGAAGAGGAAAGAAGAUGAAAAGGAAGAGGACGAAGACGAGGAAGAGGAAAGGGAUGAGGAGGAAGAGGAGGAGGAAGAAGAGGAAGACGGAGAAGAGCCUGAAUUGGAGGAAGAAGAGGACGAAAGCCCAGACUCGGUGAAAGAUGAGUUGUAAGCUCAGGAACUGCUCAGACUGUGCAUCAGUGGGCCGCUGGAGACAGAAAAGGCAGACCCUCAUGUCUGACUCCCCAUGGGAGGGAUAGACUUUUUCAUUUGUUUACAAAAGGAGGGGAUAGGUCAAAAAGGGCAUUUCUGUUGUUUUCACGAGCCAUCACUACUAUCUUUACUAGGGAAAUUGGAAUAAUAAAAUCCAUCGUGUUGAAUGUCAGAAAUAUCAGCAUAACAGGAAAAAUUGUUUUAAAAGAAACCGGAAUUUUUAGGAAGUUGUGACAGAAAAAUAAUGGACAGUGCCGUAAAAAUGUUUGUUUACCUCAUUUGUUUUGUUUGUCUUUUUGUACAUGUCUGUCUUUUGUCCAUACAAAGGGUAUCCUAUUUAAACAAAAGCUGAUACGAAUUGAGUGGAUCUACUGCUGUUGGGUGGUGAUCUAGAGUGGAUUCAGAUGCUUCCAUCAACACAGUUUCACAUCAGUCCACAUAAACUGGUUUUGAGUGUCCAAAACUGAACUCGCAUAGAUAUAGUUUACAUUAAAGGCAGCCCAGGAGCAGUAGAUCUCAUCAGUGAUCUUGAUGUGAACAAUUGCAAUUCAUUAAUAAUUUCAACUUCUUUUCUGCACUGCUGUACCCCAAGCACUCUGUCUCAUACUGUCUCAAAGAUGCUCCUUUUUGUAAGACUCAUUUUGUACUAAUGGAAGGAAAAGACAUUUCUCAACUGUUGCAGUAGAAAGGUGCUUUGACCAAUAAAAGCAACCGGAAGAAUUCAA